GCUCCUACCGGACACGCCUGCCAGUGGUCAGAGCUUCGCCCGCCCACCUCGCCAAAACCACUCCAACGCAGGUGUCACCAUGAAGACCGCAGUAGCAGCCAUCUUUGCUAUCACCAUGGUGCUGAGCGUGCAAGCGGGGUCUCCGUCCUGCGGGAAGGGAGAGGUGUGUCCUGAGGGUCAUUGUUGCAUGAUCGGCGGCGGCAGGUUCGGUUUGCCCAUCUGUACUUUGAAGGGUGUGAGUGGUGACUCCUGCCGUCCAAACAACCAACCGCAGGACUUCUGGCUGUCCGCCGAUCCGGGCGAUAAGGGUUCCCUGUACACGGGCGUCUACAGGUACGUCUGUCCCUGCCUGAACGGCCUACAGUGCGCUGAUGGAACCUGUACCUACUAGAGGGCCUCUCAGACGCUCACCGACUCACUGCGACAACUUCAUCAGCAUCAGUACGAAGACGCAAACUGGAAGAUUCGUUGUUUGGAGUAUUCAGAGGUUGUAAACCAGAGGCAACGUAAAAUACGUCACGGCAGUCACAUGGAAAAGCGCCAAUUCGACAAAGAUAUCAUCUUCAACAGACAUCACAGGUCCCUCCACCCCUCCCAUUUCUCGUCAACCAUGAAGUCAUUUUAAUCAAAUUGUAAUUGUCUGACUGUGGAUAGGUUGUUGUUGUUAAUCCAGCAUCAUCUCUCUGCGCCAUUUCUACCUUUCUCCCUUCCGAGUCUGUAUCUUACCAUUUCCCAUGUCGUAUUCAGUGGCUCAGUGUUUCGUCUGUAGUUAGUACCAAUUAAACUCAGAUAUUGUGUUAGGAGCACUAUUCGCACUGAAAUUACUCAUAAAGAUACGCUUCAACAACACUUAAGAUGUUUUAAGGGCAUCUUGUAUUAUUUGAAGACCCAAAGAGUAAUGGAACUAGAAGAAACUACAUUUUAACAUUACUAGAAAUGAAAGGGAAAUGCUUCCUACGUCUCAACUGUGCUUUCAGAAGAAUCUGCCAUUUUACAUGUAAACAGUAUACAGUUGGAAUACCUUAUGUAGAUUAUAUCGAGUGAGGUGACACUACAGUUGUGGGACUUGUGUUUCACAUUCUGGGCGAGACGAGUUGAAACUGAGUCUCCGUCCAUCCCAAUUUAGAUGUUCUGUGGUUUCUCUGAAUCCCCCAAAUCAAAUGCCGAGAUAGUUCUUUUCGGCAAUAAAAGAGAAAGCAUUGGCCGAUUUCCUGCCUCAUUCUUGAUCCCUGUACAGUCAGAAUUUGUAUUCCGAUACCUAGUCAGCUUUAGGCUAAACCCUAAUUUAGUCCCCAUAUGUUCUCCCAUAAACGAAUACAGAAAUCGGAGAAGUAUGCAGGAUGCUUUUGGGAUCUGCGUAGAAGACAACAACAUUACUUAUCAUUAAAUUCCAUUUUAACACGGUAAUGCAGCCAAGUGUGGAUUUGAGGAGUUGAAAUUUCAGUGUCUCUCAUGAUUUGGAGGCGCGUCCAACACGCAAGUCUUUCUCAUUGACUUUCGCAGUGACAUCGCGUGACCGAUAUAAAUCUGUGCAGAAAAUGACUGACUCCUGCAAGUUACACACCUCUUUCAGUGAUGUAAAGUACACAGAGCGACACCUCUUUUCUUACAUUCCUUGUACUUUUUCUUGCUAUUCUGUGGAAAUCAUUAAAUAUAAACCCUGAUAAAUUUCAUAAAAAUUUCUUCAUGUGUUUCCAUCUCAUCAUUCAUCUUUAUUUGGUCCCCAUUCCUUGCCAAUAAAUUAUGUGGAUGGGAAAUUAAAUACAAAUAUUGUUUUUUUUUCUGCGAAGGGAUCAUGUCAGACUCUGACCAUUCUACAAAAUUAUACUCAUGACUUAAUUUGAUGUUACUGUACAUUAAUUUGACUAUCUUGUACACUGAAGCGAAGAAACAUCUGCACUAUUACAUUAGUUUCUUAAAGUGUUUGUUGGACAUAAGAAUAAACAAUAAUAAAAAAGUAA